AUGGCUACCUUGAACGAUUUGACCGAUUUCCUGGAGAAAAGAUGCACAAUGUUAGAGAUGACGGACCGAGGAAAAGGCAAAACCGAGUCCGGAGCUGCAAAUUCGAAGAAGGCAGAGAAAAAACUCGUUAUGACAGCGACCACAACCUCGUGUGGAUUGUGCAAGAGGUCACAUCUACUCUUCAAAUGCGAUAAAUUUCUAAAAUUGUCUCCGAACGAGCGGUACCAGCAAGCCAGACAAUUAAAGCUGUGUACAAACUGCCUCAAAGAGGGUCACAUCGGUCGAGAAUGCAGGUCUUCGGCAUGCAGGAAAUGCAGCAAGAAGCAUAAUACGCUCUUGCAUAAAGACUCGGAGGGCAGUACGGAUAAGGAAAAAGAAGAAACAAGCAAUCAGCAAAACAGUGUAGCCACUCAUCAUAGUCAAGUGUCAGAAGAAAGGGAUAAUGAACAGGCGAUGUCCAGUGGAACCAUGGAAGAAGAGACGAGCCAAGCGGCCAAUCAUUGUGCUCCAAGAAGGUACACCAGAGUCGUUCUCUCUACCGCUCAAGUGUACGUGAGCGACGUCAAUGGUGCAAUGCAUCGCUGCAGAGCUUUAUUGGAUCCUGGGUCGCAAUCAAAUUUAAUCACGGAAGACCUGGUUAAAAGGUUGCAAAUUGCGAGCACAGGAGUCAAGUAUCCAGUCGUUGGGGUCAAUCAAGCAAGGGUCCUCGUAAACAAAUCUGUCAACAUUCAAUUGACGUCGACAACGUCCAACUACAAAGCAAAGCAAGAAUGUUUAGUCCUGCCAGUGAUAACGGAUCGAAUACCUCAGGUCAAGCUUCCCCAAGUGAAAUUAAGGAUCCCACAUCAUCUCAGCCUUGCGGAUCCGGAAUUUGACAAGCCGGGAGACAUAGACGUUUUGAUUGGAGCGGGACUUUUUUGGAAAGUGUUAAUUAAUUCCAGGAGAAAUCAUUUCAAGCAAGGAUGGCCCCACAUUGCAGAAUACCCAUUUUAG